AUGGCCUCAUGGAAUCUGGGUGGACAGUCGCUGCCUAAGGCUGACGUGGUGAGUGGUGCUCUUGAUCUCCUUUGCGUUCAAGAAGUGCCUCGUUCCGAACCUGGAUGGCGUGAGGACACGACAGAUGGUUUCACAUGGUUGCUUCAUCAGAGUUCUAUCCAAUGGAGAGGUGUUGGCAUUGGGGUGUCGCAUGAUUUGUUUGACUGCACAACGGAUCGUCGAUCUUGCUCACAUGGUGCUGCGUGGGUGGUUCGCCUACGUAAUGCCAAGCGCUUUGUGUUGGCUUCGCUACAUCUUCCGACUGGGGUCCCGGUGCAGGAGUACUACAAGGCUUGCAGCAACUUCCGAAGCAUGCUUGCUGGGUGGCAUUCCGAUUUGCCCUGUGUUGUGGGUGUUGACGCCAAUGUUGAGUUGAUUUGGAGCCGUGCUGAUGAUCGGGAAGAUGGUGUUGGACUUCAGUCAGGAGGCAAAGUUGACAAGUUCCUGGAGAUGUGUGGGUGUUUGAGAUUGCAGCCGCAAGCCCCGAGGGUUGAAGAUCGUUGGGUGCCAACUCACUAUCCACGAGAUGAAAGUCGGGAUGGCCGCCAUAUUGACUGUUUGCUGGUACGAGGUCUUGCUUCGUCGCCGGUCCUUGUUGAUUCUGAAGUUCGACUACAUAUCAACACUGACCAUGCUCGUCUACAUUGUCGGGUGGAGCUUCAAAAAACUCGUGGCGGACGUUGGAGAGAUGGACGUGCUCGCUGGGUGUGUGAUAGUGACAAACUAUUUGAGCCUGAAACUUGGGAGGAUGUCAAGAGGAUGGCACACUUGUAUACCCGGCCUCGCCCGGCUGUUCGCUUCAAGGAUGACGCUGAGACCUUGGACAUGAUCCAUGAUGCGAAAGCUGCCCGUGGAAUAAUCGCCAAAGAUCUUUGGAAGAAGGUCCAUGCUAUGAGGAAAAAGAAAAGACGUGAUUGGAAGCAGAAUCGGGUGUUGUCGAUCCUUGGGGGCAAUUGGCAUGCUUACCGUGACUACAAGAAAGAACGUGGCCGAAGGAAUUGGUGGGGCAGACUGCUACAAGACACGCCUGCGUGUGAGUUGGGCGACAAGGUGGCACAGCAUCUUAAGAACAAAGUUCAUGAUGAUGGCAUUGAUUGGCAUUCUGAUCUAAGUGCGCGACUUGAUGCCGUUGAAUGCCCUGACUCCUCGUUUCGGCCGAUCUCCUGUGAGGAGGUCAGUGCGGCUUUGACGGGUAUGCGAGCACGUUCCGCAUUGGGGCCGGACCUUGUGGGUGUGGAUCUCCUCCGAAAGAUCUUUGAGUUUGCCCCUCAAGCACUAUGCGCGUUGUUCAAUGAGGUGCUGCACAGUGGAGUGUUGCCUGAAGACUGGGAUGUGUCGUUGCUCGCGUUGUUGCCCAAGACGGCUUGGCCUGCGGGGGUAGCUGAUCUGCGACCUAUUGCUAUGUCCUCUGCAUCCAUGAAGACACUGUCACGCAUCAUCAUGUCACGUACAUUCCCUGCUAUGAGGCGACCCUGUCCUUGGACAGCUGCUGGGUGUGGACGGUCAUGUGCAGACAUGCAUGGGACGUUCAGUCGACUUCGUGACAUGAGUCGUGAGUGGCGUGUUGGUGUCAUUGCUGUUAAGCUGGACAUUCGUGGAGCUUUUGAUCAUGUCCACAGGCGCGCAGUGGCGGACUUCAUCACAACACAUCUACAGGGUGAGGACGUUCCUUUUGAGACGCGAUUUCUCCUUCGUCUUUUGGAUGUUAACCGCUUGGAGGGGUGUGCACCUGGGGGCGCUCGUCUGUCUGUUGACUGCAAUCGUGGGAUUCGACAAGGCUCGCCUGAGUCGGCCGAGAUCUUCGGGCUCCUGGUCUCGUGCAUCAUUUCUCGGUUGAAGUCAGGGAAUCAGUGGCGAGUUCCCAACGGCCUCCUACAAGAUCUCCCUGCAGAUGUGGGAUGCUACCAGGAUGAUAUCUUCGUGUGGGGUGAACAAUCUGGUCCCAUCUCCCACAACAUCGGCCUUAUCUCCCAGGCCUUGCGGGAGGUUGGUCUGGAGCUCGCUCGGGAAAAAACGUCCAUCAUUGCUAGUAAGUACUACAAGGGUGUGCGAUAUGUUGUGGUGGACGGACUUCGUGUUGAAAUGCAGCCGCCGGGUAGCUCGAUCCGAGUUCUUGGCCUUGACUUCGACUUUGAUGCCCCUGCUCAUCAACAAACCAAGGAGGUAAUGGGCAAGGUGUGGACUGCUUUCCAUGCCAACAAAACACUGCUCUGUGGUCCUGGGUCACGUGCUGCCAAAGUCUAUCUGGUUCGCAUGCUUAUCGAAGGAUGUUGGAGCUGGACGGCUGGUUCUCUCCACUGGGAAAAGGACGAUCUACGAGCCAUGAAUUCCCUCCAACUACGAGUGCUUCGUUUGUGUUUUCGAUGUCCUCGCCGAGAGGGUGAAGAUUGGGUGUCGUACAACUCCCGCUCCCUACGUGACCUACGUUCUUGGGUGUGUAACAAUGGCACUGAAAGGUGGAGUUCCAAGAUUUUGCGACUACAGUUCCAACUUAUGGGACACUGGUCGCGACGUUGGGAAGGGGGUGUUCGUUGUUUGGCUGGGCGCAUGCAACUUUGGCGAUGCCUAGCUUGGUGGCAGACUGAACAAACCUUCACACCUGCUGCUGGAGGGAAACGUCACCCUCGCUGCUUUCGUGCUUCUAAUCUUGAGCGCUCUCUUGCUACAGCUCUGGGUGUCAACUGGCCUGUUGCUGCUGCGAAUCGUGACGGGUGGCGACAGCUCUUGAAAACAUGGCUAGAUGCUGAGGAUGUGCAGUGGUGUAGUGGACGCCAGGCGGCAAUUGGGGCGUAG